AUGCAUAAUCGACAAGAAUAUGGUGUGAUGCUAACAGAAGAUGCCACUGUAUCGGCAGCACUACAGGUUGUUGCUAUUGCAAACAAUGGGGCUUUGGCAGGUGAUCAGGUUGUUGCUCCAAUGGCACCCCCCCUUCGAUUUGGUUGGAGAACCAAAGAAAUCUAUGUGAAUAAUGAGCUCAUCAACCCCACUUCCACACACGAAGGUGAUUUAGAAUAUGUAAAUCAUCUUCUCACAGAAACACCGACAACAUAUCGAGAUAAGAAUGAAAUCACCAUGGGAUACCAUGAUACCCUGGUCAUUUUGACAGUCAUGUCGAUUUGCAUGACGGUGUGAAUAAUCUCGUCAAUAAAGGUGCACAUAAACGUUGCGAGGCAUUUGCUCAAGGUGCCGAAGUACUAUGUAUGGAUCAUUUGGAUCUAUUGGGACAUAAUAAACGUUAUGUUCCAUCGUCCUAUGAUAUGAAAAUAGUGCUUCAUCGUUUGGAGAAAACCAAAUAUCUUUUUGGUACAGAUGGUCAUUGUCAACUCGCAAAGAUGCUGAUUAAAGAUUUGAAGUUAACCAUACCCAUGAUGAAACCAGUUCAGCAAUUGUCCAAGGCAAUAAAUGAUAUUAUGAUUCAGAAAGGUGAAGAAUGCAAAUUCUAUACGACUCAUCGAUUGGUUGCAAAACCGUUGGCUAUUGGUGCUCAGUAUGUGCAAUUUAGCAAUAUAUUCAAUGGUGCUCGACCAACACGGUUGAUUUGUUAUCAGAAAUCGCAAACACGUUACAAUGGUAGUCAUGAGGAGAAUACCAAUCGAUUGAUUUUCCCCAACAUUAAUCAUUUUGUGGUGAAAAUCAACGAAGCUAAUGUUGUACCUACGAUCAGCAAUGCCAAAGAGUCUUAUCUGAAUUUGGUACGGGUUUUGAAUUGUCGUCACAGUGAGAUGCCGUUUGAUUUUGAACAUUACGAACAUUUGAUUUUCGUUGGAGAAUUCCGCAAUCAAUUGUCCAUUGUUUACAAAUCUGCAGCUCAUAAAAAGUAUGAUUUCUAA